CACCAAUGCGAAUGCAACGGAGCAAAGGCACAGCAACAUGCUCGCAUUUACCCACCUCUGAUUAUGAGUUGUCAAUGGAUCUCAAAAAUAAGCAGAUUGAAAUGCUGGAACACAAAUAUGGAGGCCAUUUGGUAUCUCGCCGUGCUGCCUGUACCAUCCAGACAGCCUUCCGUCAGUAUCAACUCAGCAAGAACUUUGAAAAGAUUCGGAAUUCCUUGGUGGAAAGUCGCAUGCCCAGGCGCAUUUCUCUACGGAAGGUCAGGUUACAGAAUGCCGAGAAUUUAAUGGAAGGGUAUAACUUUGCAGGAAUCCCUCUGGUGCGGUCACCAUCAUUACCUGCAAGUAUCAGUGGGGCUCUGACUGAGCUUGAGGACUCCUUCACAGAGCAGGUUAAAUCACUAGCAAAAUCAAUUGAUGAUGCUCUGAGCUCCUGGAGCUUGAAGACAAUGUGUUCACUGCAAGAUGGCAGUAGCUAUCAAUUCACAGAGACUUUCAGCAGCGCAUCAAUGCAGGACAGAGCAGGAGGUGAGAUGGGGAAAACAGGACAAGUAAGCAGUGAUGACAAACUGGAAGAUGGCCUUGCACAAAGUGGGAGUACACUUAUGAUGGCCUUUAGGGAUGUCACCUUCCAUAUUGAAAACAAAAACAUGUCGGUUUCUUCCCUCAUGGAAUCUGCAUCAGUUGCCAUGGCAAACUGUGAGAGUGCCCCACCAGAACCUGAGCAGAAUGCAGUGGUUGCAAAAGGUGAGCAGAGUCCAAGGGAAAAGGAAGAGAAGGGUUCCCAAAAUUCCUGUUCAGAACAGGAACAGAUGAUCGUUCAAAAUAAUCAUCCUUUCACAGAACUGAAUAAUAUCAACGCAAAUGGACUCGGAGGGGAUUUGGUGGGGCAGAGUCAAAUGGCAAUGCAGAAUAUUCAAAUUGACCAUGAUAAUGGAAUAAUGCCAGAUUCUCAAUUGGAAUCUAAUCGUUUGGACAAUGCAGAACAACUCAGCAGCAGUAGUACAACCUCCAUCUCUGCAAAAUCUCCAUCCGAAGUUUCUUCAAAGGAGGCAUUGCAUGCCAUGAUACUGAGCAUGCCCAGAUACCACUGUGAGAAUCCAAGCACCUGCAAAUCACCAACUCUCUCUACUGACGUCAUCCGCAAACGCCUGUAUCGUAUCGGCCUCAAUCUUUUCAAUGUAAAUCCUGACAAAGGAAUUCAGUUCCUGAUUGCGCGUGGAUUCAUCCCCGACACAGCGAUCGGAGUUGCCCACUUCCUGCUGCAGCGAAAAGGAUUGAGCCGCCAGAUGAUUGGAGAGUUUCUGGGCAACAGCAAGAAGCAAUUCAACAGGGAUGUUUUGGAUUGUGUUGUUGAUGAAAUGGAUUUUUCUAACAUGGAGUUGGAUGAAGCUCUGCGGAAGUUCCAGGCUCACAUUCGAGUGCAGGGAGAGGCACAGAAGGUUGAACGACUUAUCGAAGCAUUUAGUCAACGUUAUUGCAUGUGCAACCCAGACGUGGUUCAGCAGUUCCACAAUCCAGACACCAUCUUCAUCUUAGCCUUUGCUAUCAUUUUACUUAACACAGACAUGUACAGCCCCAACAUCAAACCCGAUCGAAAAAUGAUGCUGGAAGACUUCAUCCGUAAUUUACGAGGUGUGGAUGAUGGAGUGGACAUUCCUCGUGAGAUGGUUGUUGGUAUUUAUGAACGAAUUCAACAGAAGGAAUUGAAGUCCAAUGAAGAUCACGUGACAUAUGUUACCAAGGUAGAAAAAUCAAUCGUGGGGAUGAAAGCAGCCCUUUCAGUUCCCCACCGGAGGUUGGUUUGCUGCAGCCGGCUCUUUGAGAUCAUGGACGUCAACAAAGCACAGAAGCAAGCAGCACAUCAGCGAGAAGUUUUUCUGUUUAAUGACUUAGUUGUGAUACUUAAACUGUGUGCAAAGAAGAGAAGUUCUGCUACAUACACUUUCUACAAGUCUGUUGGCCUUCUGGGAAUGCAAAUUCAUCUGUUUGAGACUGAGUUUUAUCCUCAUGGGAUCACUCUCAUAUCAUCUGCUUCUGGUUCAGAGAAGAAGCAGGCACUGAGUUUCUGUGCACAGAGUUCAGAGGAACUACAGAAGUUUGUGGAGGAGCUGAAGGAAUCAAUAGCAGAGGUGACGGAGAUGGAGCAAAUUCGAAUUGAUUGGGAACUGGAAAAACAACAGGGGGCAAAAACUCCUUCCUCAAAGAAUAAUGGAGCUCCGCUUGACAUCCGAACCAAACCAGGAUCUCCAGCAGAUCAAAGUUCUGCUGUCCUGCCACAUCCAGUUACAAGUGGACAACUAAUCAGAAGAGAUGGCUCCAUGAACAUCCUUGUUCCCAAUUAUAGCAGAGGCCGUUACAUUACAGUGCAAAAGACAAGACAGAAAUGCCAAGUGGAUGAUCCAUCUUGGCCUCUUUCUGAGUCCCCCAGUACCAUAGAGACCGGUCAUCAGCCAAUCCAGUUCCUCUGUAUGAUAUUGAGAAAGGGCUGAAAACAUUGUAGACUGUAAAGGGAAUAAGCACAUACAAUAUAUAGGUUGCAGUGCUGAACACAUGUGUUCCAUAAAUGUCGGAGCGGCUAGCCAAGUUGCUCCAGUACUGUUACAAUACUAACAUCUAUCCAACAGUGUGGAAAAUUGUCCAUUAAUGUUCUGUCCGCAAAAAACAGGACAGUUCUCCAAACAAAGAUCACGCUCUCAGUUUACUUUUGUACAAAAUAUGGUAGAAGAUUUCGCCCGGGUACUUUUGUAGAAUAAAGUUUGAGUUCCAUUGAAGAGGUGAGAUUAAGUGAGAGCAUUAUGUGGUGAGUUAUAAUCCUAGCCCCGUUUUAAGACAAUCCCAGAUUAGAAAUACCUCACAGAUAAUUUUUUCUAACUUUAAAUUGAGAAAGACAGAUCGUUGAGACACUAAAUGCAUCUAAAAUGCAUCUUUCCCUAAAUUGAAGGAACCAGCCAAAUAUUUUGACAUCCUCCAGAGAACCUUUUUAACAAGAUUAACCAGAUUAUAAUAUCCUGCCUAAUUUUUGGAUCCGGGCUACUCCUCAUUAAUGAACUCUCUGACCGGAGAAUACAAAGUUGGUUUCUCAAGUUAGCAAUACAGAAAGUUAUGUGAGAAAAUG